AUGGCCCGCAGCUUCUCCGCUGCGCUCGAUGAAAUGUUCAAACUCGAAGGCGUUGGCGCCCUAGAACUGUCCCUGGAAAAGAAGAAAGACGAAGUGGACAGCAAGAAAUACCAACUCGACAACCUCGAGUCUCAACUGCGAGAGACUGAGCAACGCCUCAAGGAAAUGGAAGCCAAACACCGCCGACGAAGCCAGAUGCUCGGUACCAGUCGACGCUCCCCCAUCCAAGACGUCUUUUCUGAAGGGCCUGAAACAGAUGAAAGUGGCGAUAGCGACGCCCAAGGACGAUCAUCGCCUUCCGAUGGCGGCGGACGCCAAUAG